AGAAGGAGAGAUGGAUAUAAAGGGCGCACACGUGAUGAAAGCUAAUACCUCGCUCUGAUUUAAGCUGUCCCCGCUUUUGUCAGAACGCAAUCAUUCAACGAACCAGACAAAGAGCACCGUCCCCAUUACCCUUCUUUCUUCCUAGCUUUUGCAUGAUUUCACACACGAAAACAUCCCUCCUCUCUGCUCUCUGUUUUUCGUUAUAACAGAGAAUCGGUUCCUCUUCUUCUUCAUUCCCUGAUCUCAACAACUCAGGGAGUGAUCAGGAGACGGUGAAGAGGAUGAAGGGGUUGGGAUUUCUUCUUACUGUUGCGCUUACGCUUCUGGGUUUCUGCCACGUAUUUGUGGCGGCAGUGGAGAGGAACGAUGAAGAGAGGAGGACCUACAUCGUUCACAUGGCCACAUCCCAAAUGCCGGAGAGUUUCCAGGAGCGUGCACACUGGUACGACUCGUCAUUGAAAUCGGUAUCAGAAUCAGCUGAAAUGCUCUACAAAUACAGCAACGUCAUUCAUGGGUUUUCGACACGGUUGACUGCUGAGGAGGCCCGAUCGCUCCAGGGUCGACCUGGGAUUCUCUCCAUAUUGGAGGAGGUGAGAUACGAGCUUCACACCACUAGGACACCAGAGUUUCUUGGGCUUGACAAGAGCGCCGAUUUGUUUCCUGAAUCAGGGUCAGCGAGCGAAGUAAUCAUCGGGGUACUCGACACUGGCAUUUGGCCGGAGAGCAAAAGCUUCGAUGAUACCGGGCUUGGACCCAUCCCCAGUAGCUGGAAAGGCGAGUGCGAAACUGGCACCAACUUCACUUCCUCAAGCUGUAACCGUAAACUAAUAGGGGCCAGGUUUUUCUCCAAAGGCUACGAGGCUACUCUGGGACCAAUCGAUGAAAGCAAAGAAUCGAAAUCGCCAAGAGACGACGAUGGUCACGGAACCCACACUGCAACCACAGCAGCCGGUUCUGUAGUGGAAGGAGCGAGCCUAUUCGGGUUCGCAGACGGGACGGCGCGUGGAAUGGCCACGCGCGCCAGAAUAGCUGCAUACAAGGUGUGCUGGAUAGGAGGAUGCUUCAGCACGGACAUAUUGGCGGCCUUGGACAAGGCAGUGGAAGACAACGUCAACAUUCUUUCACUGUCGCUAGGAGGUGGAAUGUCCGAUUAUUAUCGAGAUAGUGUUGCUAUGGGAGCUUUUGGGGCAAUGGAAAAGGGCAUUCUCGUGUCCUGCUCAGCCGGAAAUUCAGGCCCCAGUCCCUACAGUUUAUCAAAUGUCGCACCAUGGAUCACCACCGUCGGUGCCGGAACCUUGGAUCGCGACUUCCCUGCCUUCGUUAGCCUCGGCAACGGCAAGAACUACUCCGGCGUGUCCCUCUACAGAGGCGACCCACUACCGGGAACACUACUUCCAUUUGUUUAUGCUGGUAAUGCGAGUAACGCACCAAAUGGGAAUCUAUGCAUGACCAAUACGUUGAUACCAGAGAAAGUAGCUGGAAAGAUGGUGAUGUGUGAUCGCGGGGUGAACCCUAGGGUUCAGAAGGGAUCGGUGGUGAAAGCAGCUGGUGGUAUCGGCAUGAUUUUGGCCAACACUGGCACCAACGGGGAAGAGCUUGUGGCUGACGCCCACUUACUGCCGGCAACGGCGGUUGGCCAGAAGUCCGGCGAUGCCAUUAAGAGCUAUCUGUUUUCGGAUCACGACGCUACCGUUACAAUUCUCUUUGAAGGUACAAAGGUUGGUAUCCAACCCUCACCGGUGGUGGCCGCCUUUAGCUCGAGAGGUCCCAGCUCAAUCACUCCCGAUAUUCUCAAACCUGAUCUGAUAGCUCCAGGUGUCAACAUCUUAGCGGGAUGGUCCGGUGCAGUGGGCCCCACUGGGUUACCAACCGACAAAAGACACGUGGAUUUCAACAUUAUUUCGGGCACCUCCAUGUCUUGUCCUCACAUUAGUGGGCUAGCUGGACUUUUAAAAGCGGCCCACCCAGAGUGGAGCCCUGCUGCAAUACGCUCAGCCCUCAUGACCACCGCCUAUACAAACUACAAGAGCGGGCAAAAGAUCCAAGACGUUGCCACCGGAAAGCCAUCCACAGCUUUUGAUCACGGCGCUGGCCACGUGGACCCAGUAUCUGCCCUCAAUCCGGGCCUCAUCUACGAUCUAACCGUUGACGACUAUCUCAACUUCCUCUGCGCCAUAAACUACAGCGCGCCACAGAUCUCCAUUCUCGCCAAGAGAAACUUCACGUGUGACACAGAUAAAAAAUACAGUGUAGCCGAUCUUAACUACCCCUCCUUUGCGGUUCCACUCCAAACCCCACUAGGUGGUGGCAGCGAAGGCUCGUCCACAGUGGUCAAGCACACGCGCACUCUCACAAAUGUGGGCUCACCCUCAACGUAUAAAGUUUCAAUAUUUUCAGAGAGUGAGUCAGUUAAGAUUUCGGUUGAGCCGGGCUCGCUGAGUUUCAGCGAGUUGAAUGAGAAAAAAUCUUUUAAAGUAACCUUCACCGCCACCUCAAUGCCGUCAAACACCAAUAUUUUCGGCCGCAUCGAGUGGUCGGACGGCAAGCACGUGGUCGGAAGUCCAAUCGUGGUCAGCUGGACCUAGGAUCAAUAAGGAGUAGAAGAAGAAAGAGACUGUAGGACACUCGCUCGAAAGAGAGGGAGUGGUAGUUAAUUAUUGUUGUUUUUCAAAUGCCUUGUGUUCUUGUUUUCCAGCAAAAAGAAGCAAAAAAUCCAAAAAUUUGUAGCUGGUUCCAGUGUUCGAUGAUGUUCCCUGAGAGAAAAAACAUGGAAAAACCCAAGAAAGUGGGUGUGUUUUCUUGCUCAGUGUACAGUAUUAUUGACGGUAUGUAUGUUUAAUUAAUGGAUUGAUGAAUCAAGAGAGCAUAUGAUAUAAAUAAUCAGUUUGUUUGUGAGUCU